AUGAGGAGCCUACUGUUGGUCCUUGUGGUUCUUGUCUUGCUCUCCUGUGUUCCAGCAGUUCGGGGUGGAGUGAAUAACGAAAUAAGACAAAUGUAUCAUUCAUGUUGGCGAACAAGGGGUGUUUGCAAGACAUCGUGUGCAUCAAAUGAAUUGUUUCAUAUCCUCUGUGAUGACAUAGAUGUGUGCUGCAUAAAACCAGAACAUAUGCCGCCUUUGGUUGAGCCUGAGCAUGUAGAGUUACAGCGUUAA